AUGUUCGAAAACAGCGAUUCAGAACGCACCGCCACACAGCACCCCGUGCCAUUCCUCUGGACCAAAGAGAUCAUCGACGUCAUGAUCAAAGACACCAAGGACAUCCGUCACGAGAUGUGCCACAACCUCAACAAAAGUGUCUUGACAAGAGACAACGACUCGUCGGUCCUCUUUUGGGGCCCUGAUAUGGAGUGCUACAACUUGUGCCUCAGCGAGCAGAUGGUCAAGAUUGAGCGCGCGAUCAAGAGAUACACGCAGCUAUUGGACAAUAAGGAGGCGACGUACCAGACUAUUGAUGACAAGAAUAGGCUGGUGAGGGUGUGGAAGGAGCUCGUGAGGUCCUUUACGUCGAGGGCGGAGCUGUUUGAUAAUAUCCAGAAAAGAGCAAGGAGGAGGCCGAGGGCGGCGGAUAAGGUUGUGACGGAGGCGAUGGGCGGGCCGGAUUCGUUGGAGCCGAAGUGGUUUGAUACGAAGGAAUUUGCAGACUUUGGGGAGGAGAUUGAUAAUAUCAGAAUACCAAGAUAUCUGAGAUAA